CUUCCGGGGAAGGUGAAGUCGACUGGAGUGAAGUGGCCAGUUAUCAGUUUUAAGGAUGGAUGUAACGUGUAAACAACAGAAAGUUGUUCGAGGUCGUACAGAAGUCCCAGAGCCGUUGGACGUAAAGGCAGAGGAACGACACACUCAUGAUCAGGAGGAACUCUGUCCUGUUCAGAGAGAAACAGAAGCUGGUGGAGGGGACUGCAGAGGGUCACAUUCUAGUGGAUAUGACAGGAAUCCAGACUUUUCUGAACCUAUAAAUGAAAAUAGUGAUAAAGAGUUGGACAUAAAAUGUCACAGCUCAGUGUGUGGUGAGACAAGUUGUGAUUCAUCACAACAUCACAGCUACCUCAACAAACAAUUGAGCGGUUGUGAUGACAAGGACGGUGUUAAAAAUAACAAGGAUGAAAGUGUCAGAGAUUUCUGUAAACAGAGCAAUCCACUGCAGUCAGGUUUAAACAAUCAAGUAAAAGAAGAAAUCUCAGACAGUGAUUCAGGUGGUCCAACGGUCAAGAAUCUACUUUGUUUUUUUUGUGGGACAGAAUUUGCAACAGGAGGACUUCUGACAAAACACAUAUCUAUCCACACGGGAGAAAAAGUCUUCUGCUGCAUUAUUUGUAACAGAACAUUCACCUUGGAGUCGGAGCUUGUAAGUCAUGUGUGUGCUACUGAGUCCUCUCAGAAUCAUCAGAGCAGAACCGAAGAAGAAAUUAUUGCCAACAAACUGUUAAAUUGCUCUCGGUGCGGUGAAGAAUUUUCCAGGCGUCAAGAUUUAAAUGUACACCUCAGAUGUCACACGAGGGAAGACUCGUUCAAAUGUUCGGUUUGUAGCGCAGUUUGUACCGACAGAGACGCCUUAAUUCAACACAUGAGGAUCCACACCAGACAAACGCAGUUUAACUGCUCAGUUUGUGGAAAAGACUUUGCUUGGAGAAGACAUCUCACGAAGCAUAUGGAAGUUCACAAGAAAAGAAAAAAAGUCUUCAGGUGCAGAGUUUGUUCUGCUGAAUUUUGUACCUAUUAUGUUUUGUCUAAACAUAAGCUCAUUCAUCAGUCUUCAGAGGUUGAUCACGACCAGACUGAGGAGAAUGAAGAUAAACAAGAAAACAUGGAAACAGCAGAUGAUGGAGAGGACUGUGGCGAACCAGAAGCCUCUGACCCAAGUAUACAACCAGAGACAGAUGAGGAGGCUUCACCAGCCUUUAAAGCUGGAGAUGGGGACUUUGGGGAAGAGACUAGAGAAUCUCAGUCUGAUUUAACUUCUAUCAAACCCGAUGAUGUCUCUGAGAGUGACAAAAAGAUGGACACAGAACAGUUCACAUACAGAGAGGAUUUAAGUCAGCAUACUGUUUACCAAACAGAGGUACACAGAGAAGUGAAGCAGGAGGAACCAGAACCUCCACAAAUUAAAGUGGAACCAGAGGAGACUGAGAUUACCAAGUUCACAUUCAGUCCUGUCCCUGUGAAGACUGAAGAAGAUGAAGAGAAACCUCAGUUUUCAGAGCUUUAUCUCAACCAGACUGAGGAGAGCAGAGACUCUGUGGGAGGACCAGAACUAGUCAAAAACUCAGAUCCCGAUUUUGGAGCGAUGUCCUUCAAAAGUGAUGACAGUGCAGACAGUGAUUUUUGGAAAGAGACCAAAGGACCUCAGUCAGGUCUAAACUCUGAAUCAGAGUCAUGGAAAAAUCCGUUAAGCGGUUCUGAUGAAAAACCGUUGGAGUCUCUGCAGCCAGAGACGGAUGACAGCGUUGACAGCGACUUUUGGAAAGAUUACAAGAAACCACAAUCAAGUUUGAACUCACUGAAACAUGAAGCUUCAGAAAGAGGCGCAAAAUAUGUAAAUGACUUGAAACCAUACAGCUGUUCGAUGUGCAGCAAAGCAUUUCGCUACAGUUCCUAUUUGAAGACUCACAUGAAACAGCACACUGAAAGGUAUUUUUGUUCUCUUUGUGGUUAUAAAUCUACUUCCAGUUCAAAUCUUAAGGUUCAUAUGAGAACUCACACGGGAGAGAAACCAUUCAGUUGCCCAAUUUGUGAUAAAAAAUACACAAACAAGGCGAGUAUGCAGUCUCACAUGUCUGUCCAUGCUGCAGAAAGGAAGUACAGUUGUGAUGUGUGUAAGAAAAGCUUUGCUUGGUACACUGAACUGAAAUACCAUCAGUGUGUUGGUGAGUCCUCACAAGAACAAACAUACGAGGAGGAAGCCAACAUAAAUCUGAAGUGCAACAAAUUAUACAGCUGAAGUAAUCAUCAUCAGGUGCUGGUUGAAUCAUUUGUUUUGGUUAUCCUUUUCAUGUAUUGAUGGCAUCAUUCAGCCAAUUACAAUAGAAGUACUCAGUCAUUUGUUCAUACUUCAGUCUGUCUGUCUAUUUAUCUAUUAACUAUUUUAAAGAUCAUCUCAUAUUCCUCACCAACUUUUAUGAAGUGAACUUGUCAGAGUUCAGUGAAAACACAGAUGUUGUUCUUUAUGCUUCCACUGCACAUAACAUUAAAACUGAAACUUGAACCAUGAAACCUCCUGUCUACCUCCAUACAACAGUUUCACAAGUUCAAACAAAGAAACUUUACUGAGAAAGAUGGUCCUUGUUUCAGAUGAAUGGUAAAAAUUUAUCUCCUGAAAUCCUCCUGGAUUUGUGAGAUUUCUUUGCUCUCUUUUAUGUCAGUUCUUAAUUUAUUAUUCAAAAGGAUGCUUGUUUGAUAUAACAAAUCAGGUUAAAUUGAGCCUCUGACAAAUUUUUGUUUAUAUUAUAGGUUAAAUUCUUAUUUUAAUAUUUCUUUUUUGGGUAAAUGGUUGUUGGUGUCGCAUAAACAAUUGUUUAUAAAAGGGAUGAGAAUUUUUUUCAGCUGAUUUUAAUGUUAUGAAAUCUUCAAGCUUUAAUUUAAUCUGUUGUUGUAAUUAAGUUAUUUCACUUAGAUUGUCAUCAUUUUCUAGCUCUUGUCUAUUAAACUCUUUAAAUGCAUGUCUGUAUUAAUAGCGCUUUAGUAAUAAAAUUAUAAAUAUUAACCUAUUAACCUGUAAGUGUUAACAUGAUUAUAUUGUGCUCUAACUGGUUGGAGGGAUAGAUUCAGUACUACGGUACAAUUAUUAUUAUUA